AUGAACAGAGCUAUAAACAGAGUUAUAAACAGAGCUAUAAACAGAGUUAUAAACAGAGCUAUAAACAGAGCUAUAAACAGAGCUAUAAACAGAGCUAUAAACAGAGCUAUAAACAGAGCUAUAAACAGAGCUAUAAACAGAGCUAUGAACAGAGCUAUAAACAGAGCUAUAAACAGAGCUAUAAACAGAGUUAUGAACAGAGCUAUAAACAGAGCUAUAAACAGAGCUAUGAACAGAGUUAUGAACAGAGCUAUAAACAGAGCUAUAAACAGAGCUAUAAACAGAGCUAUAAACAGAGCUAUAAACAGAGCUAUAAACAGAGCUAUAAACAGAGCUAUAAACAGAGCUAUAAACAGAGCUAUAAACAGAGCUAUAAACAGAGCUAUAAACAGAGCUAUAAACAGAGCUAUAAACAGAGCUAUAAACAGAGCUAUAAACAGAGCUAUAAACAGAGCUAUAAACAGAGCUAUAAACAGAGCUAUAAACAGAGCUAUAAACAGAGCUAUAAACAGAGCUAUAAACAGAGCUAUAAACAGAGCUAUAAACAGAGCUAUAAACAGAGCUAUAAACAGAGCUAUAAACAGAGCUAUAAACAGAACUAUAAACAGAGCUAUAAACAGAGCUAUAAACAGAGAUGAAAUAGUCAAUACUUUCAAACUACUAGAAACAGAACCAGCUUUAGAAAUGGGGAAAGGGGAGAGAAGACAGUGA